CCCCUCAGUUUCCCCAAAUUCAGAUCCCACACGCUUUGAGACAUUGUAGCUUCAACAUUCUUUUCCUGUUCAACAACUUCACAGCUUGACGGAUAAAGGAAUUGAUGUGCUGUAACAUGGCCUCAUUGAAACAAAUUCUUUAUCUUGGAGUCUGCAUGUCUGCCUGGAUGAUCACUGUUGCAGAUGAACAUGCGCCCAAAGCAGAGAAUGUACGUUGGGUGUCUCUGGAUUUUAAAACUCUCCUCAUGUGGACUCCAACACCAUCGAACUACACUUUCACUGUCCAGUACUCUUGGGACGACAGUGACUGGAUGAAAAGUCCCAACUGCAUUCAAAUAUCAGAGACGGAAUGUGAUCUGUCCAAUGAACUUGAACCCCUCCGCAGGACAUUUGUUGCUGACAUCCAAACAGAACCUGUCCAUAACACUGACUUUGAGCUGGACGAGUUCCCUCACACUAAUUCACCACCCUUCACCCCCUACGGACAGAGUGAGAUCAGUGCUGCAGAAUUCACCGUGGAAGUUGCGGAAGAGGGUAGAGUGAGUGUGACCAUCGAAGAUCCUCUAACCAGUUUUCAUAAAUACGGAAAGCAACUCACCAUCAGAGACAUUCUCAAGAAUGACCUCCAGUACAAGAUCAGCUAUUACAAGUCUGGAAAUACAGGAAAGAGAGACAUCAUAUUUAAGUCCAAUCGAGGAGAGGUGUCUGGGUUGGAUCCCGGUCAGAGUUACUGCUUCAUGGUGGCAGCUUUCAUUCCUUCAAGAUCCAAACUGUACCAGCAAGGAGCCUGGAGCAUCCAGCAGUGCACUCCUGGACAGAAGAAUGUCUUGCAAGAGCUGAGUCUUGGAGCUUUGGUUGGUGGACUUUUUCUCCUGGCAAUAGUCCUCAUUGUCAUCAUCACAGUGACAGUUCUAUGUUGCAGACGAAGAAACAGAACCUCCCGAAUGUCUCAGUCAUCUACAGUUAUUUAAUUCUUUUUAUCAAAACGUGUGUGUGUGUGUGUGUGUGCGUGUGCGCGCGUGCUUGCAUGCAUGCACACAUCCACAUGCAUGGCGUGAGGCCUAUUUAAAAAAAAACAAAAAAUCUUCUUAACCCCCCUAAAUGAUUUGGUUGCUUAAAAAAAAAAUAAAAAAACAAGUACCAACACAUGAAUGUUGUUAUUAAUGUUUGAAUUGGGAGUCAAGAAGAACAUUCUGAAAUAUUGUCACCAAAGGUAAGCUGGUCUUCCUCUUUGUCUGUGUUCACUCCAAGGACAACAUUUGAUACUCCUCUGCAAUACUCUCGUGUUGCACGGAGCCCCAGACAUGACAUGGGGAACUUUUUUUAAUUCUGGACAUAAAACGAUACUUUGUGGCCACGAAAUAGGUAUAACUUGCGCACGAAAUAUGAAAUUAUGCGUUUAACAUCGUUCCCAUGAAAACUAAUUAAAUAAGAUACGGCAUAUUCCGUAUUCCAAUAGGCCACAUUAAAAGACUUUAAAGUGAGCUCCGAAUGAAAUGACAAAUACAUUAAAUUUUACAACUACUGACCUCUACUACUGAAAUAUAGUGGUAUCUAUAUUUAUAAUUUAUUCCUAUAAGUUUCCAAAAAUACCCUAAUUUGAUACACUGUCGCCGCCGUGUUGAACGAUGAGGUGGAAUGGCUGCUGUUUGGACGUUGUUGCUCUCUGCGCAGCGAUGCGCGCCACCUGCGAACAACUUUUCUCGUCAGUGAAAAGAGUUCAAAAUGCGAUACUGCACCGCUUUUGGAUGCAAUGUCCAAUCAGGACGGAAUGCAAAACAGGAGGUAAGCCUUCACAGCUUUCCCAAAGAGAGAAAGCCGAGCUGCCGUCCUGCGUUCUCGUCACCUCAGGCCAGAUUCUUAGGUUUUAUUGUUUCCUUACGAGGAGCCGACACGGCCGCGUGUCACAAGCGAAAGCUGAGCGAAAAGACUCGAAAGACGGGAGGCUCCAUCAGCCCACUUUAGCAGUAGCUACAAAUACACCACGGAAUAUGAGCAAGUGGAGUUUCUUCACGGCCGUCGCCGCCGUCGUCGUCGUCCUCAUUUCCCUGCUCACGCUCCGGCUUCGACUGAAAUGGCCUGAACAGCGUUCACCGCUGCCAUGGGCUGCUACCGCGGCGACUGCUAAAAACUCAUCCCCAUUUGACGUCACUACCCAGAUAGAAUAUGUAUCAAAAUAUAUAAAUGAAAGAAAGUUGUAUCUUAGGGUUAUUUUACUCAAGUUGAAAGAGAUCAUAUACACCAAACGUCGUUGCAAUCGGAGUUCACCUUAAAGCAUGUCUCCCGCCCACACGUCGUGUCUGGGGAUCCGUAUUAUUGUUGGAGCCUUUUUGAUUUUAGAUUUCACAUUUCAAAAAAAUGUACAACCUUCUUGACCAUGUUGUGUGUUGCACUAGCUAAACAUUGUAUCUUGAGGUUGAGAACGUGGGAGUAGGAAAUGAGGUUCACCCCAGACAGAGCACGUGUCAUGAAAUAUUUGACAUUCACCAAUAUGUACUAACCCCAGUUGCAGUUUUCUUAACAUGGGUUUAAGCCUUUUAUUUAUACUGUAAUUCUUUGGAAUUCCUCAAGCAUGUUUCACGUGAGGUCCAUCUUGUGAAAUGAAAGCUGCAUUAACGAACUUCUGUCACUGACCUCUGUGAUUUCAUUUUCAUGGAUGUCAUUUCUGAAUAAAGCUAACUUUUGUUGAUCAAAAGUAUGCCAAUAAAAGGACAAUUUUAAGAUGAA